UCUUCUGUUUUGAAAAUUAUAAAAUUACUCACGCAUGAGUUAAUGAAAAGAAAUAAAGUUACUAUUAAAUGUCAUGGAUAAUAAACUCUUUCAAAAGUUAUAAGUUGGAAGUGUUGGCGGAUACGAACACCGCGACACCAGAGCAGCAACAACAUGGCUUCUUCAUUUUUAAAAGGACUCCCAGUUUACAAUGAGCAAAAUUUUAGUAGGUUCCAAGGAGACCCAAGUGGUCGAACCUCCUAUAAGAAACCCCCUGUUUAUCUUCCAACCAAAGAUAAUCCAAGCUCUCAGGAAAUUGUAACUGAGAAGACAAAUAUCCUCCUGCGUUAUUUACAUCAGCAGUGGGAAAAGAAGUGUCCAAAAAAGAAACGUGAGACAGGUUCUGGCAGCAAUGAAGAAGAAGCUCCCCGCAACAAGCGACCCCGUUUAGAACCUGGCCCUUCUUCUGAUUCUCCAUAGCCACAACUACUACUACCUGUAGCAGUCAAUCACAUUUGCCAUUGAAUAAGACAGGAUUAGGUGGACUCGUAUGUUUGUGUUUACUGAACCUGCUUCAAGAGUUGAGGCUCAUAGUCAUAAUCAUUCCUGAGGUGGAGUUAUGAUGCUCAGAAAUAAACCUGUUAAUUCUGCAUAGUGUUUAUCAUUAAAUUAAAAUGUGGAUUAGACUUAUAAAUUUGAAAUAUGUUAACUAAUAUUUGAAUAUGAAGGUGUGAUGGUUUUAUAAAUUUGGGUCCAAAAUUGUAGUGGUUUUUGUACAGUAUGUAAAGAAUGGGUUUUGGGCCGAAGUUCAAUGGUAUCCUAUAAUACUAAGAUUGUACUAAAUAUUACAGUGUAAGAUAUAUUUUUGAAGAUUGACUGUGUCUUCCUUAACUGUCAGCUAGGUAUUUUUUUUUUAAAUCAAACAUUUAAUUUGCCACCUAAGUGAAAUUGCAUUUCUUUUUUUAUUAAUGGAAGAUACUGUACAUUAUUGUUGCUGUGAGAUUUUAAUGUUCAAUAAUGGAGGCAUUAUCUAGCAGGUGCCAAUAGCUUCGAUGAAUACCUCAUAAAGAGAUAAGCAAAUUAUUUUUUUCUAGCAUUUAACUUUGUUAUAGUCCAUUUCAUCAGUAAUGAAGUUCAUAUACAAUAAUGCUUUGUUUUUGUUUUUGAAAGGUGAAUUUCCUGGAAGAAGUUAAGUAAAUGGUUUAAUAGAAUUGAUGUUUGAUUAUAUUAAUUUUUUGGUUUCUUACGUUAAUUUUUGUUAAAAGUUAUAUUAAUCACUUGAGUUUUUAAUAUAGUCUAGAAUGGAUAAGUGGGGGGAUGAAUCUGGCACUGAUUGAGACUGUAUAGAUGUUACUGCAGAGCUUGGGAUAAGGAUAAUAUGAAAGUCUUACUGUGUGGCAUUAUUGAAUAGUAAAAUUUUAGGUUAAGAAUGCUUUACCAUGAUAAAGAUUUUUAAGAGUUAUGUAUUUGCUUACCUUCUCUUUUAUGUAAAAGCAGAUUUUUUGCUUGUGUGGUCAUCUUUGCUGAUGCAGGAUUUUAUACAGUUUCGAUCAGGAACUAUAUUUUUGCUACUCUUAGUAAUGUUUGAUGGUAAUAUAUUCUCAUACCAUAGCUACUACAGAGUGGGAAGCAUGUUAAAAUAUUGGCUUAAUAGAUUUAAUUACCAGUAAUUAUAACAUGUAUUUUUUUCAUGAAUAAUGUCUGUGUGUUAUGUAAGUCUUAGUAGGAAGCUGUCAAGGUACAGUUUUGCUAGGAAACUUGAAAAAGCUUUCCCAUAUAAUACUGUACAAGUAAUGUGUAAAUCUUUGGGAAAUUACGCAUGCCUUCAGUUGUUUGCCACACAUUAAUUUUUUUUACUUUAGAUAUUUUUCAAGAAUCAUAUUUGCAUCUAAACCUAAGUAUAAUAAAUAGUGCAAGUAGUAGUCUUAAACAUUUAUAAUAUACUAAAUUAGUACCAAGUGAUAGAAAAGUUUCUAGUCAGAAAAAAAAAAAACUGCAGUGAGUUAGUGAACUACAAGGACAAACAGUUGCGUAGAUGAAAACUAUGAACAUGUUCUUUUAUCUGAAUUAUGGAAGAAACCAAGGUAAUAUAAAGUUACUUCGUGGGAUUUUUAGUACAGCAUUUCUAUUUUAUAACCUGAAUAGAGAAUCAUGCAUUUUAUAUAUAUAUUCAUUAUCCAUUUUGAUAAUAUAUUUGAGAACUUUCAGGAUUAAAUAUUUAAAAAUAUAUUAAUUCAUUGUGAAAUUGGUUUCAUUCAGUGUCUUGUUUCUAUAAUUAAUAGUAUCAAGAGAAUUGAUACAGGGAGGUGCAGAUUUUUCUUUUCAUUGCAUCACAUUCAUUUCAUACAUCUGAAGACACAGCUGUAUUGUAUAUGUAUAUAUUAGUGAAUGACAGGGCAAAAAUCUAAUAAGAAAAUGAGUAAAAUUAAA